AUGGAAGGGGUGAUUGCCAAUUCUAAUGGAAAGAUUUGGGUUUUCAUUGAUGUUGCAGUUCAAAUGGAAAUUCUAAUGAAUACUGAUCAACAAUUAUCUCUGAAGUUACAUCAUCAGGACUUGGGCACAGACUUCAUUGCUAUUUUUGUCUAUGCCAAGUGUGAUGCAGUUGAAAGUGAAUUAUUUGAUAUAGGUUUUAAAGGGAGUCCUUUUACUUGGUGGAAUGGCAUAUCAGCUGGAGAUUGCAUUUUUAAGAGACUUGAUAGAGAGGUGGUGAAUCAACAAUUCCAGAAUUUAUUUUCAAACAUAGAGGUGGAACAUUUGUCCAGAACAGGAUCAGAUCACACUCCUUUAUUAUUAACUUGUGGAGAUGGAAAUGUUACUUUCAGCAAACCUUUUAGGUUUCUUAAUUUUUGGACUAAUCAUGAAUCAUUCAAAGAGCUGAUCUUACAGAAUUGGAGUUCAGAAGUUGUUGGAUCCUCUUACUUGAACUUUAGUUGA